AUGGUUGCCGACGAGGCAGAGAAGCGUUAUGGCAAGGAGGGCAUCAUCAGCGUCGCUCAGGAUCCGGGCAAACUGAAGAGACAGAUCUACAAUACCCAGAGCAAACUCAUUAUGCUCUUCAUAAACAAGCUGCUAUAUCCAUUAAAGCUAGGCGGCUAUACCGAAAAAUAUGCUGGCCUCAGCCCGGAGAUCACAGAGAAGCAACAGGGCGGGCUCGUCAUCCCUUCGGGCAGAGUCCAGGCUCAAAACCCGAGGAACGAUAUCCACGAAGCACUAGAGGAAGGCAGGGUCAAGGAGGUGUGGGAUUGGAUUGAGGCCCAGAUCAAGGCGCAUGCUUGGCUAAUGAAUACCAUAUUCAUAUAG